GUGUUUAUCAGGCUUUAUAAAAAAGAUAUUACGAUUUGCGAUAUUGCAAAUUGCAAUUAAUUGUUAUUGCUUGUUCAUACUUCAGUGCAGUUGAUGAUAGAUAUAAAUUUAGUUUUUACAAUAUAUGUUGUCCAGUAAAUAUCAUUGCUAGAUUAUAAUUAUGAAUAUGACCUUUGACAAUUUUUAUAUGUCCAAAUUUAUAAACAUAAUAUAAGACAACAACUAAUGUGUACGUUAUCUUGUACAGUAUUUUAUUGACCAAUUUUUUUACAAGUGUCAAAAUACUUUGUUGAUAUGAAUCAAGGUUCUCAUUAUUAAAAGAAAAAAUAUAAAAAAACAUAUUACAAUUAUCUUAAUUGCCAGCUACUUUUACUUGUCAACAUAGCUGUCAUUAUUUUUUUCAAGUUUUUAAUUGUCUGCAUAUUUUAUCUAUCCUUAUUGUAAUCCAUUUAAAAAAAAAAAAAAAAAUGCAAAGUGUCAUCAACUCAGUUAAAGGAACAGCACUUGGUGUUGCCGAGUAUUUAACUCCAAUUCUCAAGGAAAGUAAAUUUCGUGAAACUGGAGUAUUGACACCAGAAGAAUUUGUUGCUGCUGGAGAUCAUUUAGUUCAUCAUUGUCCAACUUGGCAAUGGGCAACUGGUGAUGAAGACAGAACAAAAUCAUAUUUGCCUAAAAAAAAACAAUUUUUACUUACUCGUAAUGUUCCUUGCACACGUAGAUGUAAACAGAUUGAAUAUUGUGAUGAUCAAGAGCGUAUCAUAGAAGCUGAUGAUCCAGAAGGAGGUUGGGUUGAUACUCAUCAUUAUGAUCCCAGUAUUGGAGGAGUUGAUGAAAAAGUAUCUGAAAUGACACUUGAUGAUGCAUCAUCUCCUUGUUCUGAUAAUUCAUGUGUCAAUGAUGAUGACGACGAUGACGACGAUGACGAUGAUGAUGAUGAAGUUGCAGCAGAUAUGGAAGCAUUUGAAGUUAGUGGUAUGCUUGAUCAACAAGACAAGUAUGCUGUUGAAACAACUAAAAAAAAUGAUAAAGAAAAAAAAGAAAUGUAUGCUGAUGGUGAAAUAAUUCAUACAAGAACUUAUGAUCUUCAUAUAACAUAUGAUAAAUAUUAUCAAACACCAAGACUUUGGUUAUUUGGAUAUGAUGAAAAUCAAAAACCACUUAAUGUUGAAGAAAUGUAUGAGGAUGUUAGUCAAGAUCAUGCAAAAAAAACUGUUACAAUGGAAACUCAUCCUCAUUUACCUGGACCACCAAUGGCAUCAGUUCAUCCUUGCAGACAUGCUGAAGUUAUGAAAAAAAUCAUUGAAACUGUUAUGGAAGGAGGUGGUGAGCUGGGAGUUCACAUGUAUCUCAUAAUAUUUCUCAAAUUUGUUCAAUCAGUCAUUCCAACAAUUGAAUAUGAUUAUACUCAAAAUUUUAUGCUAUCAACGUCCAAUUAAAUACUCAAAACAUUUUUAUCAAAAAAAAAAAAGAAAACAUGUUCAUUUUGUAUUUCAUCGAAAAUUUUUUUUAGGUAUUAUUUUUUAUUUUUCUGUUUGAUUUAUUUAUUCUAGCUUUUUUUUUUUUUCUUCAAUUUGAUAAAUUUUAAUAUCAUGAAAUCCAUCUUAAAUGAUACUAGUCAGCAGAAAAAUUUACAAAAAUAUUUCAACAAAAAAAAAAAGAACAAUUUUAUUUACAAAUUUAAUUGUUUUUUUUUUCUUUUUUUUUAUAUUUACAAAUAUGAUCAUUAAAAAAUAAAGAUCAUAAAAAAAAAAAUAAGCUAUAAUUGUGUAACAUUAUUAUUUUUUCUUACCAUUAAGAAAUUAAUAAUUAAAAAUUUACAUUAUUAAAAUAAAGUAUUCAAUUAAUUUGUGAAAAAUAUAUUAAUCAAAUUGAAUAAUAAAUUUGCUUUGCAUUCAGUGUACAUGAUAAUAUUUUACAUAAAAAAAGAUUUAUAAUUUUUUUUAUCUAAUAAUUUAAAUAAAAGCUUGAUAUUAAAAUAAAAAUUAAUCAAUUGA